GUAUAAAGCCCUAACACUGUAGAUUUAAGUCUGUUUCACUCACUCUCGCGCGCUUUCUCUCUCUCAUUCAUUCCUACAUGUAGGCUCACAUGCCUGCUCUCCUCUCUCUCUCUCAGAAUGACAAUUCUAGGUACAGCGCUUGGUAUUGUUUUCUGCCUACUUCGAGCCGUUUCUGGAGAAAGUGGCUAUGCACAGAAUGGAGACCUGGAAGACGCUGAGCCCGACUACUCGUUCUCCUGCUACAGCCAGCUGGAGGUGAGCGGCUCCCAGCACCUCCUGCGCUGCGCCUUCGAAGACCCGGACGUCAACAGCACCCACCUGCGAUUCGAAAUAUGUGAAGGCCUUUUGGAUAUAAAGUGCCUGAAUUUUAGUAAACUGCAAGAGAUAUAUUUCAUCAAGACAAAUAAAUUCUUACUGAUUGGAGACAGCAAAAUAUGUGUGAAGCUUGGACAAAGGAUCUUAACUUGCAGGAAAAUGAACAUAGUCCAUAUAGUUAAACCUGAGGCUCCUUUUGACAUAAGAGUCAUCUAUCGUGAGGAAGCGAAUGACUUUGUGGUGACAUUUAAUACAUCGCACUUGCAAAAGAAAUACGUAAAAAAUUUAAUACACGAUGUAGCCUACCACCAGGAAAAACAUGAAGAUGAUUGGAUGCACGUGAAUUUAUCCAGCACAACACUGACACUCCUGCAGAGAAAGCUGCAACCUGAUGCCAUGUAUGAGAUUAAAGUCCGAUCCAUUCCUACUGGUUAUUAUAAAGGCUUCUGGAGUGAAUGGAGUCCAAGUUUCCACUUCAGAACUCCAGAGCCUAAGGGCCCAGGAAAGAUGGAGCCUGUUCUACUAAUAGUCAGCAUUCUGAGUUUCUUCUCUGUGGCUGUGAUGGUCAUCUUGGCCUGUGUGUUAUGGAAAAAAAGGAUUAAGCCUAUCAUAUGGCCCAGUCUCCCUGAUCAUAAGAAGACUCUGGAGCAACUGUGUAAGAAACCAAAAAAGAAUUUGACUGUGAGUUUCAAUCCUGAAAGUUUCCUGGACUGCCAGAUUCAUAAGGUGGAUGGCAUUCAAGCUAGAGAUGAAGUGGAAGGCUUUCUGCAAGACACAUUUCCUGCACCACUUGAGGAGUCUGAGAACCAGAGGUUUGGAGGGAGUGUGCAGGGCCCCAACUGGCCAAGCAAGCAUGCAGUCAUCACCCCAAAAACUUUCAGAAGAGAUGCACCUCUCAGGUGCCUGGCUGGGAAUGGCAGUGUGUGUGGUACCCCUGUCCUCCCCUCCUCCAGGUCCCCAGACUGCAGGGAAGGUGGCAAGAAUGGGCCUCAUGUGUACCAGGGCCUGCUGCUUGGGCCUGGAACUACAAAUGCCACCCUGCACCCUCCGUUUCCUUUCCAAUCAGAAAUCCUGACAUUGAACCCAGCUGCCCAGGGACAGCUCCUCCUCACUCCCUUGGGAUCAAAUCAAGAAGAAGCAUAUGUCACCAUGUCCAGCUUCUACCAAAACCAGUGAGCUGUAAGAAACCUGGGACUGGAACCAGGUGAACAACAAAAACAACUGAGCUCCCACUCUGCCUCACAGCAUGAAGAAGACAAAACUAAUGUAAACCUUUCUGUAGCUUACAGGAUUUGAAAUCAUUGCUCCCCCACACCUCCCUCCCCACUUUCAGCUCUUGGCAGGAGCAUUCUGCUUCAGGCAUCCAAAGGAUUCAAUUGUUUCAGAAACUACAAAAAGCAGAAAAGAGCAAAAGAAAGGGUGGAGGAAAGGAUGGAGAUGGAGGGGCAAGGAAGCAAGGAAGAAAGGUGAGGAGGACAAGAAGAGCUGCUAUUAUAGGACUUCCUGUUUAUCCAAUACUGUGUCAGGCUCAGCACGUCUCCCUGCAUCCUCACCACUCUCCUGGGAGGCGGGAGCAAUUCUUACUGUUUUAUUUUACAGAUGAUAAGACUGAGACUUAAAGUAACUUGUCCAUGAUCCCCACUCAGCCAGGGGCAGAAUCAAGAUUUGAUGCCCAGAGUCUAAAGGCAAUUUCCCUGGACUGUCCCAUUCCCGAGUGCCCACCCUCUCUAAUACCAGGAUGACUAUGUAAUUCAAGUCCAAACUGGGUCACUUUUGAAAGAAAAACAAAGUUAUAAAUAACUAGAGGCCUGAUGCACACAAUUCAUGCAAGAGUAGGCCUUUCUUCCCUGACUGCCAGCACCGGCUUCUCUCUGGCACCCAGGACCUGGGCUUCACUCCGGCCACCAGCAGGCACAUGGGACCAGGGCUUUCCUCGAAGCCCUGGCUUUGUCUGGAAGGUCAUCUGGAAGGACGUCUGGAAGGAUGUCUGUUCUAAUUAGCAUAUUAUGCUUUUAUUGUUAUAAAUUCCUCCAGGACAAUAAGCAUAAACUGGGAGUGUCCCAGGCAAAUGGAGACACAAGGUCACCAGAACCAAAAAAGCUAUAAAAAAGAGAGUAGGGGAGAAAGGGUGUGUGGAGUUCCAGGCAUGGCCCACCAUGUCUGCAAAGAGUGAAUGCCACAAAGCACAUUUCAUUUUGUGGUUGUUGUUUUUUGUUUGUUUGUUUUUGUUUUUUUGGGAGGGGGUUGUUGUUAUUUUUUUUAAUUGCCCAGGGGGUGGUAAAUGAGAAGCCCUGGGUUUCUACUUGUUGGUUAUCAAGAGCCCAAUUCUCUUGCUACCACUCCCAGCCACACUUAUGGAUGGAAGAAAAACCUGCUGCCCACUCUGGUCACCGGAGCCUAGUAGCAGCGAAGGGGGAAUAAUCCUCCUGUGUGUAGAGAGGCAGCCCCGACCCAAAUUCAUCCACAAGCCGUCCGCGUUCUGCAGCCAUCGAUGCCGCCACAGACUUCAAGGAGUUACAAUGAGCACAUGCAGCACGGGGAAGUGACGAUGGACAGGUUUUGGUUGGGACUUGUUGUCAUUUACCUUUUGUGUGUGUUUUCUUUGUUCUGAUUUGAAUUUGUUUGAGGGGGCUUGUUUUUAAUUUUUAAUUUUUGUUGUUUUUCUUUGUAAUUGUGAAGGGAGUUUCAAGGGUAGACUAACAACCUUAUCUAUCGGCUUAGACCCAACAGUAAUCAGAGCAUCUACUCUUCAGCUGGUUCUCACUUCUCAAGUCCUUUGCUCUGAAUCAGUAGUAAUGAAUAUAAUCCCAUCAUCGCUCAGAUUUGCUUCAUGCCUGUGAACAUCAAAGGACCUCCAUGAGUGUUAUCUCUUUCCUUUCUUUGACAAGUAUUCAUGAAAAGCCUGCUAUGUGCAAACCACAGGGUUAGGGACAAGAGAUCUAAGCCAAAUAAGGUUGGGGCCCUGCCCUCCUUAAGUGAAAAAUCUAAUGCAAGUGGCAGUUUUGUAAAUAAAUGAUUAU